AUGCCAGCAACAAUGGGAGAGGCAGUCGAGACAAACGCCUCGUCAAGUGCAUCCUCGGGCCCGCCUUCCACCAUCGAAUUUGCUUUGGGUGCAAAGCGGCUCGUCCGCUACAACCGCAUGGCUCGAAGCGGCGAUACUGAUGCUGCUGUGCUGGGCAAAGGUGGGUUUGGAUGCGUCUAUCGCUACGCACUCGACACUUCAUUCACUCCGCCAUCCUCUGUGGAUCUCGCUCUCUCUUUAUGCUCCGCCAAUACUCGUCGCCAUGCAUCCCUUCUCGAGUCAUCACCUCCUACAAGUUUGCAAAAGAGCCGCGACCAGCACUACCACUCGGAUAAGACGACAGAAAUCGCCACGACAAGCUCAUUGAUCAAGCCUCCCUCGCUCGUCGCCGUCAAGUUGUGUCGCACCCCCUGCUCGGGCUCUUUUGACGAGCUUCAAAAGACUAGCCUAAUUGAUAAAAAGACGCGGAAGCUUGACAUGCAGGACAACAGUAAGUCACACGUCCGCAUCGUCCGAGGCGAAGGUCGCAUCUUUCGCUAUCUCCAAGACUCUCUCCAGGCAUCGAGCCGUUGCGAUGAUCCUCCCCUCGUCAAGCUCUUGGCCAAUCUCUCUCCCACAGGAUCCAACAAGGGCCCUCAUCUCGAUGCCUUUGAAAGCUCUGUCGAUGAGGAGGACGGACCGCCCACCAGACUGCUUGUAUUUGAAAAGCUCAUUGAGCUCGAUACCGAACGAACCGCCCAAGGCUGGACCAAAUCAAAGAGCACCUGGUCUCACGAUCGCGUCGAGAAAGUUGCCUUUGAAGUGAUUCAGGGCUUGCAAUUUCUGCACGAACACAAUGUGACGCAUGGCGACCUAAAGCCAUCCAAUCUCAUGCUUGAUCCACGCACUGGCGUCGUCAAGAUCAUUGAUCUGGGUGCCAGUCGCCGCUUUGUUCACCUCUCCAACCGUGAUCGCAACAAUCGUAGCGCUGUCGAGUACCUCGACCGCCAAGCCAUAGAGCGUGGCAGGACUCCGAUUCGGCUAGCACCUGAACUGUGCGAAGGGCUAGGCUCACUCACUGGCUCUCCUUACUACAUGGCCCCCGAGAUUUUACUCCAAGCUACGAGAUACGUCGACGCCUCCGGUCGAGCCAGAUCCGUCCUCGAAGACUACGAGUACGACUACCCCUCUUUCCUGUCCCGAGAGCUGUGGCCCAUGUACCAGAUCGGCUUGAGCGACCUGAGACGAGGAUGGGGCAUCCGUGCUGAUAUCUGGAGUUGGGCCUGCACUGUCCAGGCACUUUUGCUCAAGACUGUCGAGGAACAUCAACGCCCAAGCAGCAGCACCAUCUCGCCAUACGACUUUUCCUUUUCUCGCCACCGCGACGAGAUGCUCGACCCACUCUAUGAGAAAGCUGAGGGCGAGGACGACGUUCCUCGUUUCCACCAGUGGUGUCGCUUGCUGCCUCUGCUGAUCGUACGCAUCGCUCUGGAGCCAGUCUCUUUGAUCGCACAGGCUGAUGGAUGCUCGUCAGCUCUCAGAUUGGCACUCAAAGCAUCACUCCGUCAUCAAGACUUGAGGCCUACUGCUGAUGAACUCUUGCACAGUCUCGAAGCUGCGAGGCCGUCUGCUGCACGCAACACGAACAGGCGAUCCCUCACCGCUUGGCGUUCAACCGGCUCUCGCGAUUCACCACGGCGUUCACAUACUCUGGCAGCAGCAAACGAAGCAACAGCCUCACCACAAAGUGCAGGCUCGGACCUUGAAGCUUCCAGAUAUACCACGCCGCCUCUUUCGCAAGGGCCUUCGGGCGUAAGCACGCCUCAGCAUACGUGCGAGAAUGCAAGCCGAAGCUGCCUAGAGAAGACACCGAGUGGCGAUCGGAAGGUGCACUUUGAAACUGGCUCCACCGAGUCGUCGUUUCUCGCUGCCAAGUCGCGUAGGUCCAACGCAAGUGUCGUGACUGGUCUCGAAGCUAGCGAUCCGGUCCCUCAAGGGUUCGAGCUAGUCAGCCCGAGCCCGAGUCAAGGUCGAUCGCCAAAGGCUCGCAUGACGACGCUUGGUGAUGCGCCUCGACCCUCGACAGCCAACGCGACACUUCAGACAUCUCCGUCAUUGUUCAGAGGUUUCCGUCAGCCAGGAUCGGAUACAGGCAGCGUGACUCGCAUAUCAGCACCACGCCCGUCGACGUCGAGCACCACUGUGCGAGACAAGGUGUUUGCUCGACCUGGAACGGCUCCUCUCAUGGAUGCGAGAGGAAAUGGGCAAUGCUUUCGGGGCUUGGAAGCAUCGCAUCAGGUUGGCAUCAGUGCCUCUUGGAAGACGACAGCAAGCAGCCCGCGUAGUUUAAGUAAGAUUAUCAAGAGAGAAAGAGGACAUGGACAAUGGAGCACCCCUAGCCAACCAGUUGCAGGGGGUCUCAAUAUCAGUUGGCCACUAGAAGGGAUGCGCAAUUUGCAGCUCAACAGCCCAGGUCCGGCUGUUUACAAGGCAGAGGUAGUGAGAAGUAUGCCUUCGAGCCCAAUCAGUCAUACUCGAGGAGCUUCGAUGCCAUUUUUAGGUUUGCAAGACCAGGCAGGAACACCACUACGCAUGCCGCCUCCCGCGGCGCUCGCAUCAACGAUGCGACAGGACAAUCACGACAUUGGCGGCUCACCGAGAUGUUUUACUAGCGAGAACGGAGCUAGCAAGCAGAACAGCUUGAUGGCAACGCUGAAAGAGAAGCAAGUGCGCUUGAAGCAGAGCUCGAGGAAACUGAUGGGCAAGCGCGCAACUGGAGCGCGAAACAGACAAGGAAGCGGAGAAGUAGUAGCAGGCAGCCAGCUUGGAGACGAUGGUUGGGUGCACACCAACGAAGCCGAGUCCUUGGGCCAUGGAAGCAUGCAUCACGCUUACGCUGGCCCCUUGAACCAUGCCGCGAUGGCGACGCCAGACUGGAACACGCGACAAGAGUUGGGAGGAGCGAUGGGCCAGGGGGCCAACAGCAGGGUCGCAGGCGACGAACGAUCGCCUUCGAAGCCGCUAUUGCGGCGAUUGCUAACUUGGAGUACCAACUCUUGA